AUGGACCUCUUUGGCAUGGCCGCGAGUUACAUUGCGUUCACUGUUCUACAUUUUUUCCAGUUUGUCCUGGCCGUCACUGUUUGCGGUCUGUAUGCUGUCGACCUGCAGCACGCUAAGAACGAGGGAAAAUAUGUCGACUCCAAGUGGGUCUUUGCCGAAAUUGUUGGGGCUCUCUCCGCCGUAACAGCUCUCCUCUAUUUUGUCCCUUUCAUUCUGCGCUUUGCCGCUGUCUUCGUCUGGGAUUUCAUUCUUUUUAUCCUCUGGAUUGCCCUCUUUGGACUCUUUGGCAAUAUGUAUAUUAAAGAAAACGCCGAAGGUGACGGAGACAUUCAGAGGAUGAAGAAUGCAGUCUGGGUAGACUUGGCCAACGCGUUGCUGUGGCUCAUCAGUGCCCUUGCCUCAGCCGCUUACUGGUGGAGACACCGCGAACGUCGUACCCGGUUCACCGGCCGCGGCAAGGUCUGA